AUGCAACAGUACUUCCAGGUCUGCACCUCUGGUACCUCAGCACUUCACCAUACUGCAGCAGGACCUAGCACGAGCAGGACACCAGGAGAAAAGAAGAGGUGUGGGAGGUGUGAGCUCAUCUCAACCUCCACAGCGGCCGCAUGGUAUCCGGGGCCUUGGCACGCCGUACCUCUUUGUCGGUCGUCAGGUACCCCACACGCCAGUUCGCGCUGUUGA